AUGAACCUCACCAAGGCUUUAGUGGCGAUCUUGACUUGGGCACUCGUCCACAAUGAAGCUGCUGCAAAGGAUCAAGCCCGGUCAGAUACGAGUCAUGUGUUCACGGUCACUGCGAGCAUCAACGACACACUGACCAUCACCGAAUAUCGCAUGACCAGCAACACCUGGGAUUCAGCCAGUCAACCAUCACCAGUGCCGCCGCGACCUGACUCCAGCGCUUUCACCGUCUUCGUAUCGAGCCCUGAUACCCCAAUCGAUAGACUACCGAUGCAAGCCGCGGGCACUAGGCUGUGGCUGGGAAUCGAGCCAUCGACUUAUUGCCCAUCGAGUGUCGAGGAAGAAGAAGAAGAAGAAGAAGAAUGUCCUCCGGGAAACUAUACGGCGCUGUCAAAUUGUAGCAUGUACACCUUGGUGCCCGGAGGACAACAGCUCUGGGCAACUGCGGACGGCGAGAUCGGCUACACUGUUGCCCAUUCGCAACUGAUGCCCAACGGCAGCAUUCAGUGCCCGUUUGUCCACUAUCUGGGCGCCAGCUAUGGAGAUUUAACCUCUAAUGCGUUUGGCGCAAACGGCCUCAUGGCAUGCCCCGCCGGCGAGGGAGCGUGGAAGAUCUUGCUCGCCCUUGCCAACGCAAAUGUGCCUCUAGGCAGCAUCAAUGACUGCAUACAAUUCAAUGCAUUGACCUUGAAAGCCACUCAUCCCGCUGCCUGGCAAUAUAUGUAG